GCUGACCUCAUCAACAGCCUGGGCGCUGUUGCCAAAUCUGGCACCAAAGCCCUCCUGGGAGCCCUGCAGUUUGGUGUGGGUUUCUACUCUGCCUAUCUAGUGGCUGAGAAGGUUGUUGUCAUUAUGAAACACAAUGAUGAUGAGCAGUCUGCUUGGGAAUCAUCAGCUGGAGGCUCCUUCACUGUCCCAAUUGACCGUGGUGAGCCCAUUGGACGGGGCACCAAAGUGAUCCUGUAUUUGAAGGAGGAUCAGACAGAGUACUUGGAGGAGUGAUGUGUCAAAGAGGUGGUGAAGAAGCAUUCCCAGUUCAUUGGCUACCCCAUCACACUCUAUCUGGAGAAGGAGUGUGAGAAAGAGAUCAGUGAUGAUGAGGCAGAGGAGGAGAAGGGUGAGAAGGAAGAGGAAGAGUCAGGAUCCAAAGAGGAGGAGAAACCAAAAAUUGAAGAUGUGGGCUCUGAUGAGGAAGAGGAGGAAGCAGACAAAAGCAAGAAGAAAAACACCAAGAAAAUCAAGGAAUAUAUUGACGAGGAGGAGCUGAACAAGACCAAGCCUAUUUGGACCCGCAACACUGAUGACAUCACCCAGCAGGAGUAUGGAGAGUUCUACAAAAGCCUCACCAACGACUGGGAGGACCACCUGGCUGCCAAGCACUUUUCUGUGGAAGGGCAGCUGGAGUUCAGGGCCUUGCUCUUCAUCCCAUGCCGUGCCCCUUUCAACCUCUUUGAGAACAAGAAGAAGAACAUUAAGCUGUAUGUGAGGUGUGUCUUCAUCAUGGACAGCUGUGACGAGCUCAUCCCUGAGUACCUAAACUUCAUCCGGGGUGUUGUGGACUCAGAGAACCUACCUCUGAACAUCUCUCGUGAGAUGCUCCAGCAAAGCGUGAUCCGUAAAAACAUUGUGAAGAAAUGCUUGGAGUUCUUCUCCGAGCUGGCAGAGGACAAAGAGAACUACAAGAAAUUUUAUGAGGUCUUUUCCAAGAAUCUGAGGCUGGGCAUUCAUGAGGACUCGACCAACCGAAAGCGCCUUUCGUAGCUGCUGCAUUACCAAAUGUCCCAGUCAGGGCAUGAGGUGACUUCACUUUCAGAGUAUGUGUCCCGUAUGAAGGAGACCCAGAAGAGCAUCUACUACAUCACAGGGGAGAGUAAGGAGCAGGUUGCCAACUCAGUCUUUGUGGAGCGUGUGAAGCGUGGCUUUGAGGUGGUGUACAUGACGCCCAUUGAUGAGUACUGUGUGCAGCAGCUCAAGGAGUUUGAUGGGAAGACCCUGGUAUCAGUCACUAAGGAGGGACUGGAGCUGCCUGAGCAUGAGGAGGAGAAAAAGAUGAUGGAAGAGAGCAAGGCCAAGUUCAAGACCCUCUGCAAACUCAUGAAGGAGAUCCUGGACAAGAAAGUGGAGAAGGUGACUAUCUCAAACCCGUUGGUCUCAACUCCCUGCUGCAUCAUCACCAGCACCUAUGGUUGGACGGCCAACAUGGAGCGCAUCAUGAAGGCUCAGGCGCUGCGGGACAACUCUACCUUGGGCUAUAUGAUGGCCAAGAAGCACCUGGAGAUCAACCCUGACCACCCAAUUGUGGAAACCCUCCGCCAGAAGGCUGGUGCUGACAAGAAUAACAAAGCUGUCAAAGAUCUGGUGGUGCUACUCUUCGAGACUGCUCUGCUGUCCUCUGGUUUCUCCCUGGAAGAUCCCCAGACCCACUCCAACCGCAUCUACAGGAUGAUCAAACUGGGGCUUGGUAGCAUUGAUGAAGAUGAGGUGACUGCAGAGGAGCCCAGUGCAGCUGUGCCUGAUGAAAUCCCCACUCUGGAGGAAGAGGAAGAUGCAUCUCACAUGGAAGAGGUAGACUAA